AUGAAUACACAGUCUGUGUUCUAUGUCGACUCUCCCCCAUCUCCCAAUCGUGUUUCCACUGAAAAUAAACACACAAGACACGACACAGACUUGCAAUUAACACCUAAUCAUGUUUCUGAAGAAGACACAACUCAAAGUUUACAGGCGUUGAAUGAUGUGACACCUGAAAAUGUUGACGAGUUGUUGUCCGAGUUUUCAACACUCAUUUCUGUUGGACUUGACCCAACACUUGAAAUCCCAAAACUGAGCGCCCUUGGUCUUAACGUUCUUUAUUUGGCUGUCGAAGAUGUUGCCGACUGUUUAAAAGGUUUCGAUGAUGAACUUUCAGCACAGUACUAUCACCUCCUCAACAAGAUGGACAAUAAUUGCGUCAAAAUCAAAUUCAUCGAUUUUGUUCUGUCUUCUGGCGAAGGCUAUUGUGUUUAUUCUGAUCCAACAUAUCACACAACAAAACGUGUUGCGGCACUUGCUGCAACAUACAUCAUUAACUACAUAGAAGAACAAAAUUAUGUGCUUCCUUGUCCAUCAACUGACGAAUUACAAAUGAUACUUCUCACAAUUCUUCAGUGCCAAACACCACUAAAAAUGUGCACAAAGCUGCGCAAUCAAUUCGAUCGUUUGAGAGACUUAUUAGAUGACUUCCCCCCUUUGAUUUUUCAAUCAGAAAGCAGUCAAGAAGACUAUUUUUAUGGUUUUUAA